GCCGUACGGGCCAGUCAGUACGACAGUUGUCCGCUCAAGGCGCGGCGUGCGCGCACAUCCCGUGUACACACAUAAACUACAUUCCUCAACUUCCUUCUAGUCAAAAUGUAGUUUUGCCAUAUUAUGCUAAAAGAAAUAUUACAGUGAAAGUGCAAAUUAGUGAUAUUUUGGAUUACUUUUUAUAAUUGUUACACGCUACGGUCCAAAGAACAAUGCUGUGGGAAAAAAUAACGUACAGCUGGCAUCGGCAGUCGUUCCCAGCUACCUACCUAACCUCUCUCCCCCCUCGGGCCGGGUGCCGGGUUCAAUGCGCCUCUCUGCGUUUAUUCAUCGUUUGUGGGAAAAGUUGACCCCCGUUUUAAAAAAUAUUGUUAACGAAUUCACACGAUUUGUGUUAGAGACUGACUACUGUCUUUGAUAUGCAAUUCUGUGCGAGAAGUUGAAAGUUUUAUGAAACAAUAAUUAUGUCUGUGUUAUUAAACAAGACAGGUAUAUUUUUAAAAUUAUUUAAAUUCAUUAGCUAUUUGGUAGAGAUUAUGCGGCACCCAGAUACAAGAAGUAGUGAUAAAUUUGUUUUUUACGCGCAAGAUUCCAAGGUUGCAGCAUUCCUAAACCUAAAUUAUUUAUUCUGAGCUUUGUGAUGUUUGUUGAGUUUCACAUCAUCAAAAUUAUUAUCUUAUUGUGCUACGAAUUACGUGCGUAUGGCAGAAGAGGACAUUACUGUAAUACGUAUUAGGCAACACGUUUUGUGCUCAUGAAUGAAGUUGUGAAAUAAACGUUAGAUAGAACAUUAGAAUCAAAUACCAAUAAAAUAGUUACAGUGUGUGUGUGAUGUGAUGACGUGCUAUCAAAGUAGUUAAAUUAUUAUUAGCGAAUGAAGUGGUUAUCUUAAAAGCAGUUCCGGGACUAAGGUUACAAAAUGGGUAACCAAGGAUCAUCACCUCACGAGCCGCUAGAUCGAGCACAAGCGGCUCAAAACACCGACCUCAAAAUGAAGUCGUCAGUUCGAAGUUCUCUGAGAAGGGCGCGCGCAGGCGCAGCACUGUCGCCUCCGCGCGCCGGCAUGGAGCGGCUCCGUCGCUCGUUCCGCGAGUCGUUCCGCCGGCGCAAAGGAUCGCCGCCGGAGUCCGCGCGUCCGCACCAGUGGCACGCGGACGAAGCGGCCGUCCGCGCUGGCACGUGCACCUUCCCCGUCAAGUACCUCGGUUGCGUCGAGGUAUUCGAGUCGCGGGGCAUGCAAGUCUGCGAGGAGGCCCUUAAAGUCCUUAGGAACUCCCGUCGACGACCAGUGCGUGCUGUACUGCAUGUUAGUGGCGAUGGUCUGCGCGUAGUUGAGGAGGAAACCAAGGGGCUUAUUGUAGAUCAGACCAUCGAGAAAGUAUCUUUUUGUGCGCCCGACAGAAAUCACGAAAGAGGUUUCAGCUACAUCUGCCGGGAUGGUACGACUCGCCGCUGGAUGUGCCACGGAUUCCUGGCGUCGCGCGACAGCGGCGAGCGACUGUCGCACGCGGUGGGCUGCGCGUUCGCCGCCUGCCUCGAGCGCAAGCAGCGCCGCGACAAGGAGUGCGCCGUCUCCAUGAGCAUCGACGCCGCAAGUCAUGCCUUCACGCGGCAGGGCUCUUUCCGAAAGUCCAGUAUAACAGCACGGCGCGUGUCGGAGGCGGACGCGUCGCCGGCGCCGCCGCCGCCACCGCCGGCCGCCGCACCGAUAGCGAGCGCGGCGGCGCGUCCCACGCCGCACAACCCGUUCGCUGUAGAACGGCCCCACGCCGCGCCUCAUCUGCUCGAGCGGCAAGGCUCCUUCCGCGGUUUUGCUCAUCUCAAUAAUAGUUCUCCGUUCAAGCGCCAAAUGUCACUGCGUAUAAGCGAGCUUCCGUCGAACCUCGAGCGGCAGCGCGCCGGGCUGGGGUCGCCGCCGCGGGCCGCAGCCCCCGCGCCCAACCCCCUGCCCGACCUCGCACCACUUGAGGGAUCACGGCCGGAGGCAGACCCGGUGGCAGCGAUGUGCCAGCAGCUGUCGCUGGGGCUGCGCGCGCUCACGGAGGAGCCGGUGCCGGCGCCGACGCCGCCGCCGGCGCCGGUGCCGGCCGCCGUGGUGGCGGCGCCGCUGCCGCACCCGGACGCCUGGCUGGGCCGCGUGGCGCGCGCGCCGCCGCUCGCAGCCGCCGGCCGCGCCGCUUCCUACGCCGGACAUUCUCUCGUUUCCACUAAUCCCUUCCUCUCGCCUGCCCUGCCCCCGCCGACCGUGCAGCCUGCACCAGCCGCACACUUUUAGAGCUUAUGCGAACGAGGGACAAUCCUCCCUGUAGUUUUUUGUCCAUCAAAAUAGAAGAAUUGCAUUGCAUAGGGUACACCAAGUGCCUAGCGAACAGAACGGGGCAUGUUAUCCGCCACGAGCGAAAGUCGCUCGUCUGCACAGAGCCUUAGACGCCGCGCGGCAAUACGGAACACUUGUAGGUAAAUUAGAGGAACGCUUCUUGUCCCCACGCCCAAAUAGUGUUCGCACACUUUUCAAUUCGCUUUGAUCCAGGGAGCAAUUUUUUUCAAAGAUGACCACUAUGUAUAUGAAGGAAAAUGUGACGGCUGACAAAGCCAGUGAUCAAUGACAAAAGAUUGCUUAUUAGUGGGAUGUGGGCAAGGAUAUGAUAACAUUGGUGCUGUUUAUAGAAUGAUAUAAUGACUGAAUUGUCAGGUGGAAUUAACAUUUUACGCGACUUAUUUCAAAGUAAUAACAUGAUGCCUCACGAGAGGUAUAUUCGGUUUAUGUAUCCUCGCAAAAUAUCCCAAUUAGCCGCAACGAAACGAAGUCUUCAUAUAAGAUACAUUUAUUUUCGAAAACUUAUAUAUACAACCAUUAAUUUUGGCAUUAUAAUGAGUGAGAGUAAAACGAUGAUUAAUAGUAAAAUUGUCAGUGUGUUAAACAGAAUAUAUGUUCCUAUUGUGUCUUAAAAAUGUUCAUGUAUUAAUAAUUAUGUGAUUUAUCCUUUCAUGGUAUAUUCUUAAAAGAAUAUAUCACACUAAAUGAUAUUUUUGUAAUAUCGAACGUUUUAUUAUUGUACUUAUUUAAUAUUCUUGUACCACUCAAACAUCUAUGGCACUGACAUUCACGACAUUUUGUACUUAAAAAAAUAUAUAAUUUACUUAUAAACGAAUUAGACUGUUAUCUAAAUUAAAAAUAACAAGGAUUUCCUUCAUUUUAUUUGAAAUGUAACAGGAAAUUGAAUUGUGUGUACUUCUACAAAUGUUUUAUAGAAUAGUGUAUGAGUGCAUACUUCAAAGUUCAUAUGACGAUGGUCCGCAGUUGAAACGUUUUCAAUAUUUCCAGAUAUAAUCAAUAAAGAUAAUUUCAUACUGAUUUUACAAAUAUCUGUAUGUUUGAAAAUAUUUGACAUACGUAAUCUUGCAUUUGGAAAUACCAAAUUAUUAAUAGAUUGAAAAAUUUUACUUCCAACAACACGAUUCACCUCAACCACUAUUUUCAAACGUCAUUAUAUCAGGCGUAAAAAUUACCGAUUAUUCCUUCCGUAGUACUGGGAACACACUCGGCGCAUAUAGCAGAGAGAUGCGAGUUCUAAUCCUGUUGACGUCAGAAGAUAAAUUUUUCAACCUAUUAAUAAUAUGCUUUGUCUAUAAAAGUAAAAAUUAGACAAAUUAAAUGUGAAAAUACAUAGCUUUAUCUAUAACAAUUAUAGCGGUUUAGUUUACAGCGAUAAGAUGCCAAAUAUUGUCUGUCGUUGUGUACAUUGCACAUAUAUUUACAAAGUAAAUAUAAUAUGUCGUAAUACCGCACUUGCACUUGCUUCUGCGUCGCACACAUUUCUACAUCGUGUUCGUGUAUAAUUCUUAAGCAAGUAAGUCCACGUUAUAGAAUCGUCCAUGCAGUAUUAAUCGACCGACCGCGAUGUCCAUGCGUUAUGUGUAAAGAAAACGAACAAUGCAGUAUUUCUAUUGUUAAACGAUUAUAUAAUUGAAUUGUAUAGUGGUUUUGGAUAUAUUUUUCCUUUUUUGUAUAUAAUUGUAAAUUUGUAGGAUAUUUACCUCUAUCGCUCGUGGAUCUGUUUUUUAUACUUUUUUAUUGCGUUAAUUUAAUAACAAAUAGAAAGAAUGUAGGGCAACAACGUAAUAUAAUUUAAAUAGGUGAUUUCAGGUAGUAAAUUUAUGUACUUACGUGUUAUUUUUGGUUAGUCGUAAUGUUACUUAAAGUUACUGUUCUGUUAAAUUUUGUUUUAGUCGAUAUAUUUAAAAACACUUGAAGUCUUCGAUUCUUUUUUUUUCUUUUCUGCAGUUUUUAUGUUUUUAUUUAUCAUAUAAUUAUUAUCAUAAAAUUCAUUAGACCAGUGUUCAAUAAUAUUUGAUAUCUAUCUCUUACGAAGUCCACGUGACUAAAAAUGGCAACUCCAAUAUUUACCUUACAUCUGUACAUUCCACACUGUCUUUUAAAUAAACGAAAUUGACAAAAACGCAUAUCACUAGCUAGCCUUGCAUAAUAAUAUGCCUGCACUUUGUACUUACAAUUUGUAUAAUAAUAUAUUUAUGUAUUAGAAUAUAAUAAUUGUGUGUAAACAAACAAAUAUACUAUAUAUACUAUACCCCACAUUCUAUGAAUUUUGACGUCCUUUUAUAUACUAAAUUUGUUAUUGAAAUAGAUACGGCUUUAUUAAUGGGCGUAUUUUAUUAUAUCACACUCAUAGGCAUAUUUAUAGGGAGGCUGGGAAGAUCGUGUUUACUCCAGGACGCAAUCAGUGCUUCGCAGACAUGUCUGUAAGUAUAUCGUCAUAGUCAUAGAAUACUGACGGAUUUGACAAAUAUUAAAUAUAUAUAUAUCCGUCAGUAUUCUACGGCUAUGACGAUAUAUGCGCCUCAUUUAAGGAGCCAGGCCCUCCCUGAAAAGUAAUCUUAAUAAACUAAUGACUAUACUAAUUAAUAUUGGUCAUGUGACCUAUCUGAUCAAUAUAUAUAUAUUGAGUAUUACAAUUUACCUUAAUUCAUAAUGUACUGACUGCGGAUAUUGACACUUAAACCUUAUUCAAUAAGUAACUAAUACCUGAUUUAACUCCUGAAGGUUGAUAGAAUGCUACUAGCAUAAAAUACGCCUUUUGUACCAUAUUUUCACUUGGUUGUAAAGAAAUUCCAGAUGCAUCAAUGAUUUAAGCAUUUCUUUAAAUACAAAUAAUUUGUAUGCUGCAAAACUAUUUUCAGAUAAUUUAGAAAAAUAAAUAUUGCCUUUAAAGUAUCUUUGAAGUAUAUAUGAUAUAUGAUUAGUAAUACGUGAAAAAUAUUAUUAAAUAUUGUGGUAUCAGAUUGUUGAUCCGCAUGAUUCCUAGAGUUAAAUAUUAAUAUAUUGUGAUAUCGAAAUUACAUGAGUGUUGUAGAAUUGAAUUAAUGAAAUGCACACAUUUUAUACAGCACCGUAUUUUAUGAAAUUUACUUGCUGUUACAUACACAGUGCGUAAUAUAAAAACUUAGACCGUAGCAUAGAUAGGUCAACUUUGUACUUUAAAAUAUUAUUUUCAUGUAACAAUGCUUGUUAAAAUUGUACGUAAACUUUGUGACAAAUUGUACUUAAUGUGAAAUUAAAUCAAUGUUAUUUGGAGUUAUUCGUUGGGUGUUAUGUAUAUUCUACAGUUUUAACUGUCAAGCAUGUAAAUAUCGACGCAAAUAUGUAGAUAUUUUAGAUAUCGAAAGUUCAAAUAUUAUGAAGAAUAUUAAAUAUUAUGUUUAGUUGAAAA